GCUCUCGCCUUACCACUCAAACGAGCCCAAUGUUUAUCACUUACGCAUUGGAAGACAACCCCUCUGACAUCGUCAUGACGUAGUAUUUAGUGAAUUAUGGCGGAAGUUCGGAAACGUCAACAUGUGCAAAUUGAAGGGAAAACCUCGGAUAAAAGCUCAUUAUCCAAGAAUGACAGUAAAGGGAUGACGGGCGGGAGGUCAGCCGUGUUCCUGAAGCUUUUCGCUGCCGGAUUUUACGGGCUGAGCUCGUUUUUAAUCGUUGUUGUGAACAAAAGCGUCCUCACCAGUUACAGAUUCCCCUCAUCAACAUGUGUUGGGAUCGGUCAAAUGCUGGCUACAGUACUAGUACUAGGAGCUGCAAAGGCAAUAGGUAUCAUCACGUUUCCAGGUUUGGACAGGAGCAUCCCAAACAAGAUGUUUCCCCUACCGCUUCUGUAUGUUGGGAAUCAGGUAUCAGGACUUCUAGGAACCAAGCGACUCAAUUUACCCAUGUUUACAGUUUUAAGAAGAUUCUCUAUUUUGUUAACAAUGUUGGCCGAGGGAAUCUUACUGAAAAAGACAUUCUCUGGGCCUAUCAAGGCAACCGUGUUUGCCAUGAUCUUUGGAGCCUUUGUAGCUGCGAGCACGGAUUUGGCCUUUGAUCUUCAAGGCUAUGUUUUCAUAAUGCUCAACAAUGUUCUGACUGCAGCCAAUGGGGCCUAUGUGAAGCAGAAACUUGACUCCAAGGAGCUUGGAAAAUAUGGGCUGCUGUAUUACAACGCUUUAUUUAUGAUCAUCCCUACAGUGGCAUAUGCACAUUUCGCCGGGGAUCUACAAAUGGCAUUGGAGUUUGAAGGGUGGUCAGACAUGCUGUUUUUGUUCCAGUUUGUGCUUUCCUGUGUUAUGGGCUUUGUUUUAAUGUACUCCAUUGUGCUUUGCACUCAGCAUAACUCUGCAUUGACCACCACCAUAGUGGGCUGUAUUAAAAAUAUUUUAGUCACUUAUCUUGGUAUGGUCUUUGGCGGAGACUAUAUUUUCACCUGGGUCAACUUUAUUGGAUUAAACAUCAGCAUUGCUGGCAGUCUGGUGUACUCCUACAUCACAUUCACAGAUGAACAAUCAAAAAAAACUUGAAGUGGGGGUGCCACUGGAAGGUUGGAGCUGGACUUUGUAAGACGUACGUGUAUGUCGGACAUUUAUUUACCUUUGGCCACUAUUUCAACAUAUUCUUAAUCAUCAUCAGCAAGACUGAAUCAGUGUUAUUGAAGAUUUGUGCCUAAUCAAGUAAAUGCAGUAACUAUGGCUGGAAUUCAAUAAGACACAUAGUACUGUAAAUGUUUUUUCCUCUUGAGCCAACAUCUAGUGUUUAGCAUGAAUGCUAUCUCCACAAACUUCUUGGAAAUUGCCUUUUGUCUGUUCUGUAAUGUGCCUCUGAUUCUCGACCUGUUUAUUCAAAAAUGUUUUUGUGAACCUAAUUUCUAAGCAAAGUGCUUUUCCUUUUUUUACUCUGUUCGACAUUUUAAACCUCAUGUUGGUUACAUGCAUAUUUGAAAUAUUGCUAGGUUUAAUUUCCUGUCACACUGAUGAAAAAUGUAUGAACUCCCCCACAUAAUUCAAAUCAAUUUAUCAUUAAAGUGCCUAUUUUGCAGUUAGGCCACAGGAAAAUCAUGAAAUAACAGGUCACCAGUCUGAAUACAUUUAUUAAAUAUAGCCACUAUUGUCACAGCCAGUCUUUGUUUUCCUGACAUGAAUUAAAGUGAAUACCUACUUUAAUCAACAA